AUGUCUAAAACGGAGAGCAUUUCAGACUACUUCACAAGAACAUUAGUUAUUGUGAAUCAAAUGAAAAGGCAAGGAGAGAACAUUGAAGAUGUUCGUGUCAUUGAGAAAAUUCUUCGUUCCUUGACGUUGAAAUUUGAGCACGUCGUUGCUGCUAUUGAAGAAUCAAAAGAUCUCAACACCAUGUCCAUCGACCAAUUGCAGAGCAGAUUGGAAGUCCACGAGCAACGCAUGAAGAAAAAGGCCACUACUUCACUUGAUCAUAUGCUACAAGCGAAGAUGUCAAUCCAAGAAAAUAAGAAGUCUGAGUCUGGGACAUCACGUGGUGGAUACAACCAAGAGGCGGUUAUUCUCAAACCUACAAUCAACAAGGGUUUGAUAAAGCAAAUGUCGAGUGUUAUACUUGUCACGAAUUCGGGCAUUACAGCUAUGAGUGUCCAACAGCCGGAAAUACCAGGGCCAAUCAACAAGUCAAUUAUGCCGAAGGUGGAGAUGAUGAUGAGCAGCACAAUGUACUUGGAUACCGGAGCAAGUAAUCACAUGUGCGGGAAUAAACAUGAAGAUGCACGUGAAAUUGAAGAACCAGAAUCACCUGAAUCAUCUCAAGGUCUAGGUGGAAAGCCAAGAAGAAUGCGCGACCUGAGUUAUAUGUAUGAAGCUACUGAAGAAGUUGAUGGAGCUGGAGAAGAAAAUGUGAAUCUUAUUUGUUUUCAUAUGGAUGCGGAUCUUGCCUAUGCAAAUACUGCGCAAGACAUGAAGAAUUGA